AGUAGGAGCUGCUGUGCACGAGACACACACAGCGAUCCACACGGAUAUUCUCACAAGCCAUUACAUCUGCUGUAGAUCAUCCAGAGGAGAAUGUGCUUUUAACAACCUGUCUGUAUUAUUCAACAGCUCAACACAACAACAACAAGAAAGAACACUGGAACGCCAAGGGUUUAGUGCAACUUAUAUACAUCACAUUUUUAUUUCUAAUUUAUUUUCUUUUGAUGGACUCGAGGACGAAAAUCAAAUUGAGGUGGAUUUUCUGAAGUUUUGCAGAAGCUGCCACUGGACUGGAUGGAAUAAUAGUGUGCAACUGCUGAAGAAACAUUGCAACGGGGUAAAUGAUGAACAAUCAAAGCAUCAAAGAAGUGCACUAGACUGUUUCUGACACUGGAAAUCAGAGGAUCAUUUUAUUAAAGCACUUUUUGUUUUCGCGAACUCGGGACUCUUACGCAUCCAUCAUUUUUUCAUGUAGCUGAUAUAUUCAGGACAACAUCAAAAUAUCUGUCGUGUGGAAUUAAAAAAAAAUAAUUAAAAGUCAUUUGAGCCGGAGGAUGGAGGAGCAGAGUCAUCUGAUGCACACCCUGGGCGGUGUUACCCUCGCCGGACACCCGGUGGCUUUACCGGUGCCUCAUGAUGGAGCAGACGCGAGAAACAAGCAGGACAUCGGAGACAUUCUGCAUCAGAUCAUGACCAUCACCGACCAGAGCCUGGACGAGGCUCAGGCAAAAAAGCAUGGGCUGAACUGUCACAGAAUGAAACCGGCUCUAUUCAGCGUGCUCUGUGAAAUCAAAGAGAAAACAGGUCUCAGUAUCCGUGGGAGUCAGGAUGAAGACCCUCCUGACCCUCAGCUCAUGCGUCUGGAUAACAUGCUGCUGGCAGAGGGCGUGUCUGGACCAGAGAAAGGGGGCGGGGCAGCAGCGGUUGCUGCGGCAACAGCAGCGGUGGGAGUCGGAGCUGACAACUCCAUCGAGCACUCGGACUACAGAGCAAAACUCACCCAGAUUAGACAGAUCUACCACACCGAGCUGGAGAAAUACGAGCAGGCAUGCAACGAGUUCACGACCCAUGUGAUGAACCUUUUGAGGGAGCAGUCUCGCACACGGCCCAUCUCGCCCAAAGAGAUCGAGCGCAUGGUGAACAUCAUCCACCGCAAGUUCAGCUCCAUCCAGAUGCAGCUCAAGCAGAGCACCUGUGAGGCCGUCAUGAUCCUCAGGUCCCGCUUCCUCGACGCCAGGAGGAAAAGGCGCAACUUUAGCAAGCAGGCGACAGAGAUUUUGAAUGAGUAUUUCUACUCUCACCUCAGUAACCCGUAUCCCAGCGAGGAGGCCAAAGAGGAGCUAGCGAAGAAGUGCGCCAUCACAGUGUCACAGGGGAAGGGAAGCACCAUCACUGUGUCACAGGUGUCUAACUGGUUUGGUAAUAAACGUAUUCGCUAUAAGAAGAACAUUGGUAAAUUCCAGGAAGAGGCGAAUCUGUACGCAGCGAAGACAGCAGUGACGGCGGCUCAGGCUGUGGCGGCCGCUGUACAGAACAGCCAGACCAACUCGCCCGCAACGCCCAGCUCUGGUUUUCAGAUGAAAGAUGAAGACUUUCAGUUGGAUGCAGCAGAAGAUAAAAACAAUCUGUUAAACAACAUGUUCACUGGGUCUUCGGGUUCGUAUAGUUUGCCAGGUUCAGGAGAUAUGUUUAUGAGCAUGUCCAGCCUGAAUGGUUCAUACCAGCCGGCCCAGGUCCCCGGCCCAGGACAGACACAGGGAGACUCCAUACGUCACGCCAUCGGUCAGUCGCUGGGUUACAGUGAUGGUCUGCGGGGAAACCCACUUUACAGCCCUCAUGGCUUGAACGGUAACGGUGGCUGGCAUGAUGCUGUCACUCCAUCUUCUGUGACAUCUCCAAUAGAGGGAGCAAACAGCGUUCACUCGGAUACCUCUAACUGACCAGUCUGAGGUCCCUUAACUAACCCGCAGGACAACCUACAACAAAAUCUCCAGUGAGACUCAGAGAAAUGAAACACAGACACAAAACCGCUCUUCAGUACCUUACUUUGACCAAAAGAGCACCACGUUGCAAAAAUUAACUGAUAGGAUUGAUGGUACCAGCUUUCUUUCCAAAACUGGUGAUGCCUCAGUAAACAUGGCCAACAUGUGUGAUUGUGGAAACAAGGGAUUCUUUUGUCAUAAUCUCUGUGAACAUCUUUGAAUAGGUUUAAAAAUAGAUCAUGAUUUAAACUGACUUGUAUCACUGUCUUCUUGCACAGUACAGUAUGUUCGUUCUUAAGUGUGAUUUUUCUCUUACAGAUCACCAACACGGAGAAACUGAUUUUUUUAAACUGUAUUUUUUAACAUCAUUCGGAUUUAACUUGAGCAUUAAUGUUAUUCAUCAUAAAGGUCAAUGAAAUCUUGGCUUUACCCAGAUUUUAACAAAUUAGGACAUAAUAAUUGACAUCAAAACUGUGGUCCUGCAUAUUCAGCUAUUCAGGUACAAUGUAUCAACUACAUCAAAAGAGCAAAGCUGUAGGAUUCCAGACGUAAAAUACCAUUGAUAAUGUCCAUAAAGAAGAUGUGUACAGUAUGAAGUGACUGUAUAUGUUUCUGUGGAGUUGAUUGGUUUCAGAUUGCAUUACAACUCCUUGUUGAACAAUGUUUGGAAAUGUCUAUGGAAAAUUUACUUCUAAUCUUCUGUUCAGCUCUCUUAUCAGUAACAGUGACAAAUAUUUGCAUUUCUCAAAUUAUCCUCUAACAUCUUACACUCCUAAAAAUAAAGCUUCCAAAAAGGGGUUUUGCAGCGAUGCCAUAGAAGAACAAGUUUUGGUUCUACAAAGAAUCUUUCAGUCAACAGUUCUUAAAAUGAUCCUUUUGUCUAGUGUGAAGAACAUUUUAAAAUUCUAAAGAACAUUUUUUUCCAAUAUAAAGAACCUUUUGUGAAAUAAAAAGAUUCCAUAGAUUCCAAGGUUCUUCAUGGGACCAUCCAUGCCAAUAAAGAACCUUUAUUUUUAAGAGUGUAGCACUGCUGUUGACAGAGAGAAAAUGCAAACCAGAUUUGUAUUUGAUAAUGCCAUUUAAGUGACAAGACAUAAUCAACUGAUCAGCACACAUACUGUAUCUGCAUAAAAAAAGCAUUUUUGAAUGUUAUUCUUUUCUUGGUCCAUACACUCAUGCUCUGUAUGACAGAAUAUAUUUUAAGUUUGCUUUACUUUUUUUUCAUCAAUUCAUUGGGGUAGUUUAUAAUUUGCAAUGCCGCUUAAAGAGGUUGUAAUAUUUAAAACAAAAUGUUCUAAUGUAUUAACAGAAUUUACACUGAGCAACUCUCUAUGAAGAAUAAUUCAUGUAAUAUUAUUAGUUUUUGAUAAAAGGAAUACUUGUAUUUCUGGCCAAAAAAGUGUUUCAAUAAACAUUUUGAAUUGA